UCUAUGGGCCGGAGCCGCCUCGGAGGAGCGCACGCCGCGCAGCCUAGACGAGCGCUCCGCAGCAGCUCUUUAACGUGCGCCUUUACGAGGAAAGUGGCACGACGGACUCGAGGGGCCUCCCCAAACCCAAGCGAAACGUCCCGGGGCCGAGAGGGCGCGGAGACACCGGGAGGCAGGCGCAGGGGGAUCAGUGCAGCACAACAAAGCCGAAGAACGCGAGGGAGUGCGGGGUUCCCUGGCUGCCGCGCCACUGGCUGCGGAGUGCGUGGGGCCGGGGUCACCGCCGCACGCUUCGGACAUGGCAAGUUUGUUAACUCCAGGCUCUUCGGCCAGCACCUCGAGGCCCCCGAAGUGACAGCACAGCUGCAGGGUCUGCCCCUUUUGGGGGGAGGUUCCCACAACCCCCCCGGCCUGCUGCAAAAUGCUCCACUGCAAAUCAGGGAGAAGUUGGCUGUGGCCCGCCUGCAGCGAGAAGUUGCCCAAAGGAGAAGUGAGGGAGCCAUGCAUGAGAAGCUGAUACAUGAACUGGAAGAAGAGAGACACUUGCGUCUUCAAAGUGAACAGCGGUUGCAGGAGGUGACCCUGGAGUCUGAGCGCAACAGGAUUCAGAUGCGUGGCCUGCAGCAGCAGUUUUCCAGGAUGGAAGAAACAGUACGCAAUCUAUUGCAGAGUCAAGGACCUCCAGAGCAGAAAAAAGAAGAAACUGUUAAUAUAAUGGUCUAUCAGGAGAAACUGUCAGAGGAAGAGAGAAAACACAAAGACGCUCUAGAAGAUCUUCACAUGGUGGUAGAUGAGGAUUUGAGGAGCGAAAGCAGCAGUACAGAGGAGGGAAAAGAAAAGACCAAAUUGCUGUUAGAACGAUUGAAAGCUCUCGAGGCAGAGAAUUCAGCAUUGGCUUUGGAAAAUGAAAACCAAAGGGAACAGUAUGAGAGAUGUCUGGAUGAGGUAGCCAACCAAGUUGUUCAAGCUCUGCUCACUCAAAAGGACCUGAGGGAGGAGUGUGUGAAGCUGAAGACAAGAGUGUUUGAUUUGGAACAACAGAAUCGAACGCUGAGCAUCCUGUUCCAACAGCGAGUCAGACCAGCUUCUGAUCUGCUCCUUCAGAAACUUCACUCGCGCAUCCUGGAUCUUUCUUCCGGAGAUUUACUUUCAGAGCUGGAAAGAAGCCGGAGUCUGACGCGGUCACAAACUGAUGUUGAGAGUCACGAACACCAGCUGAAUGCAAAAUCAGGAACCUCUGCCUUGAAAUGCCCUGGCUUGGGGGUUGCUGUCCCUAGUCAUCUCUGUCCUCGAAACAGCUGCAGCAGCAGUGAGCUGUCUCUGUCAAGCACCUGCAGCGAGUACUCCAGCAGCUCCUCCUACACAUGGCAUGAUGGGAAGACCCCCAGGAAAAGGCAGUCAUCACAAAACUGGGAUAAAAGGCUAAGUGUUGGUUCGUCGCUCCCAAGUGGCUUUGCUAGUCCAACAGAUGAACUACCUCCAACUCGUAUCAAGGAAAGCCACAUUUUGGAAGGACUAAAGAAGCUACAGAAGCGAAAAGUGUUACUUGAACCCCCUUCGGUGAUAACCAAAUGGGGUUACAAAGAUUGCAUGAACUCAAAUGAAGGGAUAUAUUCUCCAGGAAUUAAGUGUAAUAGCCUCAAGGAGUGCCCCCCCUACAAGCCAGCAGCCAUGGGGAGUCCCUGCAAGGAGCGUCACAAGGCAUUUGUUUAUGAUACAGAUUCCCAUGAUGAUGUCGAUGAAGAGUCUUCCUCCCUGGCGUUGCUCCAAGGGCUUCCAAACCAGGGCUGCAGGCUGCAUGGUAGUAAAUUCACUCAGAGUGUUCCUGACAGUCUGUUUGGCUGGGAGCUGAAUGGAAAACACUUUUUGGAAGGUACUGCCUCAGUAGUUUAUCCCAGGGAAAGUGCUGAGAAGCUGAGCAGUUGUGUCAGCAACUGGCCCUUGGAGGGGACGCUGUACCCAAGGGUCCAGGUGCCUCCAUUACAGAGGGCAAGAGAUCAGCACAGCCAGGGCUGCCUAGCUCUCAGCCUCCAGCUCUCAGACACCGAUGACAAUGAGGCCCUUGAUGAGUUGCACAUUGAAAGCAGUGAUGAGAAAAGCCCUUCAGACUUGUCACUGAUUGCUGAUACCGACAAGUCCAUGGAGAACCUGGACCUCCUCCUUGGACUUGGAAAAUCUCACCUUGGGUCUCCUGAUGAGAAGGUCUCAGAGAAUAGGCCAAAGACAUUUAGUUUCGUUAAGCAGGAAAGAAUUGUAAAAAGGACUUCUUCAGAAGAAUGUAUGACCGUAAUAUUUGAUGCAGAAGAUGGUGAGCCCAUUGAGUUCAGCUCUCAUCAGGCUGGAGUUGUCACUGUGACUGGAAAUGAAAUUUCUGUCAACCAGGCCUCUACUGGACCCGUGGCCGAACACACUGAAUCUUUACCUCAGGGAAUUGCUCACUUGCAGCCAGGAGCUGACGCAAGAGACUGCUCUUUCUUAAACAGAUCUGAAGAGGAAACUGAGAAAAACAUUCCAAAAGAUAAUGUAGGUAAUAUUCCCUCGACACCCACAGAAUCUUUCAGCCCUAGGACAGUAACACAAAAUAAUAUUCAGCGACAAAAGCUGGCCAAGCCAACACACAAUACAUCAUGCCAGAAUAAUUCUAGGUCUUUGAUGUCCACGGGUAUCUGUCAAAAACAAAGCUUGGUAAAACUAUCUGCCAGGGAGAAAUAUUCAUCUCCGAAAUCAAAAAUAAUGGAUCCUGAAGCCUCCAAAGUAGUCCCCUCAGCUGACCCGGAGACUCUUGAAAAAUCACCAGCCUUAGCUCCUGGGAAACUCUCACGGUUCAGGAAAUCUGAGAGCCCAGCUACCUCUUUGAUUUACGGCCAGAUUCACACAUUCCAAAACACCUCGCCCAACUUCCUCACAGCUCAAAUGCCCAGCAGAAGGGAUUGGGCCCAGUGCUCCAAGAGUCAGGUUCCAGGGUCACGGUUGCUCUCAAGGCCCCUCAUUGAGCCUAGUGACAACGGAGAACCUCCCACAAGGGAUGAACACUGUGACUCAGGGCCAGAAGCAGGGGUGAAGUCACCUCCACCCCCUCCGGGCAGGUCAUUGUCACUGCUGAUCAGACACAGUUAUGACUAUUCACCACCACUUUCAGCCACCAAGCCCAAAACUAGGGCUCACAGUGACACAGCUAAGACAGUAUUCAAAUCCCCUCCUCUGAAAGGCUCUUCUACUCCUGUUAUUUCUUCUAAUCAGGCCAUGACAGAAGUUCAGGGGAAGAAACCUUCUGCAGCCUUCACAAAACCUGUCUUCGUGAGCCCUCUGCCUUCCACAGAAACAGUGAUUCAAACCAGACACCCUGGUCGUCCCCCCUCCAGCUCCCUUGCAGUGAUGGCUCCAGGGCCUCUAAAGCUCUCUCCAAAGAGAGGUAUCCCCAAAACUUCUCUUCACCAAAUACUUGGGACCACACAAGUGGACACAGGGUUACGGACUCCCAAGAAUUGCCCCUUAACCCAUGAGGCACUGGAAUCAUUGCCCUCUGAAAGUGAAUCUCCAGGAAGAAAAGGACAGUUUAGUGGCAGUGUCCCCACGACACCUACAUCUUCCUUUUUACGUGUAAAUGAGUCGCCUUCCUCUCAGGUUAACAGUCCUUCAUCAUCGUCAUCCUACAAAAGCCAUAGUGCCAUACACAGUUGUCCAAACGCUCAUGAUAAAGGACUGAAAACUCGUCUCCCACUGGGACUCAAAGCUCUCCUAAAGUCUCCCCAGUUGCUCAGGAAAAGUUCAACAGUGCCAGGGAAACACGAAAAAGAUAGUCUAAAUGAAGCCUCUAAAAGUUGUGUGGCUGCAGCUAAGUCUAGGCAAGAAGAUAGGAAUCCAACAAGCAUCGAGACCACAGAAGAUGAAAAACAUAUGACUGCUCUGGGUUUACAACCAAAAAACAGUUUAGCUGAAGGGCUUCCCUUAGAAACAGCACUGCCAGAGUCACUUGAAAACUGCACCCCUGGGGCUGGCGGGAAAGAUGGGAUGGAAAACAAACCUGUGAAAAGAUCCCUUUCCUCCAGCAAGCCACACCUAAAACCAGCUCUAGGCAUGAACGGAGCCAAAGCCCGGAGCCAGAGUUUCAGCACCCACUCGGGAGACAAGCCUUCCACUCCUCCCAGCAAAGUCCGAACUCAGAUCAUCACCAACACUGCUGAGAGAGGCAGUUCUCUCACCCGGCAGAACUCCUUCACAGAAGGCUUGCCCAGUAAGCCUCCUUUUGCUCCAGCCCCUGAAAAUUUUCUGAAUGCUGGGAGCCCCCUCAGGCCUCCCUCCAGGCAAGGCUCUCUGGGUAGCACAGGCAGCUCUGGCAGCCAGCAUGGCAGCCCAAAUAAGAUGCCCUUGAGGAUCCCUCCAGAACCCGAAGGGUUCCUCACACCGCCUGGAACAGAAGACCAGCAGGCCUAUGCCCAGGGAGGGUGCCCCAGUGUGGCUGUGCCUGAGGAGCCAGGCAGCAACCCCUGCAGGUGCCUGUCCACCCCAACAGACUGCCCACGACUCCUGCAGAGCCCAGGGAGGAUGCAGUGUAAAAGUAGGACGCCCCCUCUAGAAACUUCUGGAAGGCAUCCAGAUGCCUCUAUAACCAGGCCUGAUGCUGGGAGCCCAGAAGCCCCCCUCUCACCCACCAUUGAAGAAAAGGUCAUGUUGUGCAUUCAAGAGAAUGUGGAAAAGGGCCAAGUACAAACAAAGUCCACCUCUGUGGAAACCAAGCAGAAGCCUGGGCCAUCUUUUGCCAGCUGGUUUGGUUUUCGAAGGAGUAGGCUUCCAGCUCUCAGUAGCAGGAAAAUGGAUGUCUCCAAAACUAAAGUGGAAAAGAAAGAUGCAAAAAGUUUGGGGUUUGGAAACAAACAGCUAAUAUCAGAGAGAAGAAAAGAGAAAAAGAAGCCCGAACUACAGAGUGAUUUGGAAAAUGAGCUCAACACCGAAACAGAGUCAGCACAUAGUCCAGACAGUAAUUUACAAAGCCAGCAUAAUUUGAAAACACCACAAGACAUUUACAAUCAAAUGAAGUUUGAACCAAGAAAUAAAACCAGCCCUGUUACGUGUUCUACAAAAGAUACUUUUAUGACGGAACUUUUGAACAGAGUUGAUAAGAAAGCAGCUCAACAGACAAAAAGUGGACCAAAUAAUGUUUCCUCCAGGAGCGUGGUAAAGGGCAGUUCCCUGGGCUCCCCUCUUACUGGCUGCUCUAUCAGCACUCAAGGAAACCACAAGAAAAACAUCAAAACCAAAGCCAAUGUGGAAAUACCGAAAGACUCCCUGAUAAAAGAAGCAAGUGAAAACCUGCAAGAAGAUGAAGAAGAUACAAUUGCCGAUUCCACAUUUCAGAGCCACAUCCUAGAAUCGAGCUCCCAGAUGAGAACCCUGGACAGUGGCAUCGGAACCUUCCCACUGCCAGACUCAGGAAAUCGCUCAGCAGGCCGGUACACAUGCAAACCAGACUCCCCAGAGGACACUGAGCCCGUCCUGUCUCUCCAGCCAGCACUUUCUUCAGCUUCUUCCAUCAGAGCCCAAACCCUUGACCGAGAAGUGCCUUCCUCUGCAGACAGCCAGGGCUCUGCGGGUAUCGCCAUUGUUCAUUCCAUAUCCGACCCCAUUAUGACCGCCAGAGGGGAACGACCUCUUCAGAGCUGCCUCCCCAAACCAGCCUCCUCAGGAAAACUCACUUCCCAAAAGCAGAACGAAGCAGAGCCAAGGCCUCAGACUUGCCCGUCAUUCGAAUAUGCUGAAACCACAAUGGCUAGUGAGCCAGACUGGGGUGGUGAAGACGCCGCUGCUGAGACCCAGGACAAGGUACCCAGAAUGUGUGUGUACUCUGCCAGCCGUGGCAGUGGUAGUGACAGUGACCCGGACUAUGGAAAUAAUGGUUUUGGAGCUGGAAGGGGGAAGUUAGUGAAAGCAAUGAAGAGCGCCACCCAAGAAGAUCGUCUGUGCGGAUCAUUUGUUUUCUGGUAUAAUCUUCAUGACGUGGCAGUGCAAUCCGUAAGAAUUUUAUUUCCAAAUCUGGCAUUUCCAAAAAAGUCUCCAGUUGGGUUAUCUUGGUAAUGAAGGAAUGACUAUGAUAACUUAAUCACAUGCUUUGGCAAGUUAAAUCGUCCUGUGAGCUCUGGACCGAGCUUUCAAGGCUCUUUGUUAACGUCUUGCUCUGUGGCUCCAGACCUGGCAGCCCUGCCAUUCUGAGCAGGUCUGCGUAUGAGGUUGACACUCCCUCACUGUAUUUUUCUUUGAAUCAGAAUUGGCAGUAGAAAAACCAUCGUUCCGAGGCAUUUAAAAAUAUGUCUAUUCUGAUGGCAUUUCC